GUACUGGACGAUGCUUUGACAAAAAAGCAGCUAUGAUGUUCACUGUGAUGGAUGGCCAGUAAGUUUCUGCAGAUUCACUUUGAUACUGCAAUGAGAUGGAUAAAAGCUGACAGCUGCCUGGGAGGAGGGGGAAGAUGGCAAACAUCUGAAACACUGCAGCACUGAACACUCCUGACCUUUCACCUUUCAUUUACCUGGACUGGUGUUGGAGGGUGGAGCCUAGAACAUGUGAUAAAAAAAUCAUGGCUGACAGUGCACCCACUUCCUGUUCAGUUGUGAGGAACAAGAAAGGUGAAGAGCUUCAGCAGAGAAAGAACAUGCAAGCCUUCCUGCUGCUUGGCUGCUGCGUCCUCGCCGCACAGUGCUGCCUUGGCUCUGCCCACAUGGUCCCUGACGAGAGACUCUCCACCAACAGGGAAGUUGUAUCUAACGCUUUGUCUCGAAGCCUAGAUACAGACUCACCUCCUGUGGUUAUUGAGGAAUUGUCUGACUCAGUGAAGAACAAGAAACUAAAGAAGUCAAAAAAGAACAAACUUGGUGUGAAGACGCGUCGUCGUCCUCCUGCUAACUGCAUUCCCUUGGGGGGAAGCUGUAAAUCUCCAGGCAAAGUGUGUUGUGACUUCUGUGCCUUCUGCCAGUGUCGGCUCUUCAGAACUGUCUGCUUCUGCCGAAUGGGCAACCCUCGCUGCUGAACAGUCGACUUCAGCCCGGCUCAACUCCAGGCUAACGGAACUAAACUUCAUGCAAACGGAAACCACCUCAAGUGCACAUUUGCAUCUGCACUGAGCUCUCAGGGCCACCGUAGAAUAUGGCUGAAGACAGAAGAUCCAGAGGACGCACAAUGUUCAUCAAGUAGGACUGGUCCAUGAUUAGGAAGAACAGCCUCGACCACAGAGAUUAAAAGGUGGAUUACUGCACUACAGAGAGCAAUACACAAAGAGCUGACCCCUUCUAACAGGACGGAGUUCAUGAGCUGAACUCGUACAGACUUCUGGAAAAACUUCCUUCAUUCACUCUAAAUCCUCACCAAAGCAAUUUACCUUUUUGUUUAGCUUAGAUGAUCAGGUAUAGAAGGUUCACCUCCUGGUUAAUAAACACGGAGCCCCCCCCACACCCUUUUCCCUAAUAUGUGAACUUUAUCAAACACAAGCUGAGGGACUCUAUUACAAAAAUAUGUCUAUGCUCCUUUUUCAGAAAAGAUAUAAUGUCACGGUUUGUAAAUCUCAACAGCAACGUGUCUGUACAUCUGGUUUUAGUCCUGCAGGUGACGACACCAAAACAUGCAUCUUCCAAAGUAAGAUUUGUGUUAUAAUCACUUAAAACACUAAAUUUUAAAAGUGAAUGGAAAUUUUACAAGCUGUCGUUUUGUUCCUGUGUCUCCUCAUAAUCGAUACAUUUGUAAGAUGCUAAAUAUGACGACAUGGAGAGAAGCUCGUAUAGUUUGAGCCCCACAGCCUGAGGAGUAAAGCUGUAUUUCUACAUGAACAUUAGGAUGAUCUGAUCAAAACCAGACGCUUCAUUUGAAUGUUUCAAUUUUCUGCCUAUUUCUGUAUGGAGGUAGUUUUGUUUC